AUGUCGGUUAUCACUGUCACUGAUGGCGAUCCUGCCACUGAGGUGAUUAAACUAUUGCUCACACAUAUCAAUGCUGAAGCUGCAUUCAAGCGCACUAAAUCGUCCUCAAAGCAAACGACGUCUAAUGGGAUUCAACAGCUUAUUCAGGAUAUCAAGAAGAAAUGGAAAAGGCUAGAACCAGAGUGGACGAAGUUCAAGGCGUAUACGGAAGCAAUCCCUCUGUUGGAAAGGUUGUUACUUGACUAUGUGUAUAAUAUCGGAGACCGGUCAUCGCGCCUUCUCCACCGCACAGCGGCAGACGUUCCAAAGGCGCCGGAAGACAAGAUGGUAACUGGCUUGACGGGUCUUAUCAACAACAUUGCAACUCAGAUGGAUAACAAGUAUGUGCCUGCUAGCACUCAUUCUGUUGUGAAGGCCUUCUUGCUCGUUUAUUUCCCUUUUGCAUCAGCCGUGGACAAUGUGGUGGAUUUGGAGUGGGCCGAACACCUCAAAUCCAAGAAGAAAUGA